AUGUCGGCCCCAAGGCAGCCACCACCUCUAGAAACGUCCUCGCAGCGCACCUUCUUCGCCAACAACAGCAACAGCAUGCACACGCCAUUGACCCCGGACUUUGAUGAUGUUGAAUCACCCUCGCUGACAUCUGGAAACGCCCUCGCCCGCUUCGAGUUCGAAAAGCCUGCGGGCGACAACAGACAAGGCACAAAGAUCUUGAUGGUCGAGUGGGAGGAUGAUGACCACACCAAGCACAUCCCCGGUCAGUGGAUCAUCAGUUGGGAAGGCAAGAAGGCUGCUGUGCUCGCUUCCAACGCCGCUGAUGGCUCAAGGGAAGGGCUCCGCCGGCUGUACUUCUUGUUGUCCGUGGCUGAACGCGUGCCGGGCACAAUCACCCUCACCCUACACCCAGAGGAUCAAGAGUCGGAAAAGACCAUCUGGCGCACACACCCACUACCAGCCAUCUUCCCGCCCGAGCUGGGAGCUUCGGCUCGUCAAGCUGGCAAGAAGGGUGUCUUGCACACUGUCUGGGCCAAGAAGCGUCUCCACGUGCUGAAGCAAGAGAUCCAACACGAAGAACAGUACAGCCCGGAGGGUGUCGCUCUGUCCAUGGCUAUGCAAGAGCGUGACUGGAUCGAGUCGAACUUUGGUGUCCGCACAAAGCCCGCUGGCUUGAAGAUUGCCACGACGCACUCGUCGGAUCCCUUGAAUCUCGGUAUGCCUAGUCCAGCUAGUCCACGCAGCCCGGGUCGUGGCCCUUUGCUCGAGAAGAUCAAGGGCUUGAAGCUUGAUACUGACGCUGCGAGACACGAUUCGAAUCCACUGAGUCCAGAGGGCUCGGAUGUCGCUGUAAACUUCAACACCUUUGCUGCUCUUCACGGUCUCCCUGAUCCUACUACUCUUGCCGCUAAGCCCGCUCAACGUGUAUCCGAGUCAGGUACAGCUACACCACAGCAACAACCACAACGAAGGAUAGCUACUCAACUACCGCCCGAAUCUAUCCUCGCACAGCAAAGACAACAGGGGGGCAAUAGUAUGGCGUCGCUGGACGCUUUUGCCGCUUCUGAAGCUCCCGUCGACUUCAAAACUACUGCCCAGGCGGCUCCGCCUCCAAUCAUCAGAAACGAGUCCACAGGUGAUGAGGAUGAUCUGUUUGCUCUACCCUUGAGUCCUCGCAGUCCCUCCGAUCAACAGCCUGGCACUUCUGCCUUUUCCUUUGCGAUCGAUGAUGUUGCAAAGUACAAGCAAUGA